AUUUUUGGGAAAUUCAGAUUGGAACCGUAACGUCGACGCAUUUCUUUUGAGGUAUCUGCUCUCUCGUCGGCGGCUAACCAAAUUCUUCGAGAGGUUUUGCCAGAAGAUGGGUCAAGCUCAGAGUAACGAGAACUCAAUUCCAACGACGACGACGACGACAACGAUCACUCCUCCUCCUUCUGCGAAUUCGCCGCGGGAUUCUGAAGAUACUUCGUCGCCAUCGAUGGAUUCUCUCCUCGCAGAAGCUGCAGCAUAUGGUGAGGAUGAUAAUGAGAAUGAGUCGCUUGAAGCAAAGGCACAGAGAGCUCUCGAUUGUCCUUGCAUAGCAGAUUUGCGUAAUGGCUCUUGCGGCUCUCAGUUCUCCGAGGCAUUCCUUUGCUUUCUCAAGAGUACUGCUGAAGAAAAGGGAUCAGACUGUGUGCAUCCAUUUGUAGCGUUGCAAAGCUGUAUCAAAGCCAAUCCGGAUGCAUUCUCUAAAUCAGUUACAGAGGACGAAGAAAAACCCGAGAAAAAGGAAGAGCAGCCGCCUGUGCAAGACCAUAGAAUCAUCCCACCUCUCUGGGCCAAAGACCCCCCUCGCAGUAACAAUUCCAAGCUUUAGAAGAUCAACAACAAUGGAGUCAGUCAGCGUUACAAGUUAUUCUCUCCUCUUUUGAUUCUUCUCUCUAGGCAACAAUAACAAAAGAAAGUAAAAGAAGAGUAGAAGACCAUAAUCAGUGGUCGUGUAGAUCAACAUUGUUCUCUUUUUAAUAAAAAAGUUGAGGUUUU